UUGUACCAACGGAGCAAUUUGUCUCCCUCAAAUAAACGAAAAAACACUAUUGGAUGUAUGCAGUUAUCACAUUCAUGAGCAGCACUGGAGUUGAUUAAAAGUAAAAUUCACUAGACGGGACACCUCCAGAGGACCUAAAGCUGUUAAAGAAAUUAGCUGAGGAUUUGGACUUUGACAGCAGCAGAAUGAGCACCCCGUCCUCAGAAAGACAGACCCCCCUGGACUACGGUGUCCAGAUCCGCUUCAUCAAGGACCUCCAUGACACCGGAGGGGGAAUUCCAGUGGGGGCUCGGGGCGCUGGCAAAGGCACCUCCAGCUCCCACUCGUCCAAGUACGGGGUGGCGGUCAGGGUGCAGGGCAUAGCAGGACAGCCGUAUGUGGUACUCAAGGAAGGGGAGAAGGGGGACUCGUACGGGGUGCAGCUGAAAUCCGAACCCCGGAGCACCAGCUCCCCCCAGGCAUACAACAGCCUGCCCAGGAGGAGAGAAGAAGGGAGGGGCCCUGACUCAUACACAGCUACAGGAGAGCACAGCUCGCUGCGCCGGGCGCAAUCCCAGGGUUCCCUGCUGGAGAGGGAAACGGGAGAGGACUAUGGAGGCCAUCUCAGGAGACCCCCCGGGGAUGGGCGAUCGGGGAGCUAUGGGAAUUUGGAUGGAGGGAUCGGGAUAGGAGGAGAGAGGGAAAGAGGGAGCGUAGAGCCCCAGCCGUAUCAGGCAGGGAUGAAUGGGUCGCUAGGCACAGGUGGAGGGCGAGAGGCGAGUCACUACACGUCCGUGGAGUCCUUCCCAGACCCUCCACCUCCGAUGACGUCCGCGGAAGAGCCUGCUCAGGUCAUUGACACCAACUCACUAGCCCCCAUCAACAGACUCAUCAGCAAGUUUGACGGCGGCAGUCCCAGCGGUCCAGCGAGGGGGCCCUCGGGAGCGCGGGUGCGGAUGAAUUCGGAGGAGCGCAAACGCUCCCGCAGCCUGGACGCUCGCGACAACGCCCCAGAGAUGGCGGUGUCCCCCUCCCUUCCUUCUUCUUCCCCAAACCCCUACAGUUCCCCGCCAUCAUCCACCACUUCCUCCUACAGCAGCCUGGGGCGGAGCUCGGGCUCGGUGGCUAAAGUUGUAGCCCUCCCAGCUCCUACGCCGGCCUGCACCUGGGCAGCAGGGAGGUUUGUUACCAGGGAGCAGCUGCCAGUCACUCAGACAGAGACUCAGGUGCCUCCCGACCUGCUCAUGGACCAAGGUCAAAGUUCAGAGUUCAUGACUGAAGAGGAACGAACCAAACACAUAAUCUACAGCAUCUUGAGGAUGGGGACCAAUGAGAGUGAAUCAGCCACCAAACACAAAGUCAGCCUAGUCUUUGAAAAGAUUCAAGGUCUGAGGGCCAGCGAGGGCGCCAGUGAGGCAUGGAGGACGGAGAAGAGGGAUCUGGAGAUGCGGCUGGCGGGGCUGCAGUCCGCUCUGGAGGAGGAGAGGCGGAGCUCCCAGAUGGCCAGCACCGACCAGACCCUGAAGGCAGAGCUGGAGGACUGUCUGGAUGAGAACCUGCAGUUGCAGGAACAGCUGGACAGGAAGAAGACAGAGCUGCACCAGACACACAGCGAGCUGACCCAGCUGCGGAUGGACAGGGAAUCCGCCGAGGCACGGGUUCGAGAGCUGGAGGACCGGCUGACGGGGCUGCAGGAGGAGCUGAGGAAGGAGUCAGACGGCCGAGCGCAGUCUGACUCGCUGCAGACGGACCUCAUGUCUGUGCGAGCCGAGCUGGCGGAGGCGGCCAUGCUGCGGCAGCGGCAGGAGGAGACCCUGCGGCAGCGAGAGAGGGAGCUGACCGCCCUGAAGGGGGCGCUGAAGGACGAGGUGGCCACGCACGACCGGGAGAUCGAGGCCCUGAGGGAGCAGUACAGCCAGGACAUGGAGAGACUGAGGAGCAGUAUGGAGCAGGUCUCACAGUCGCAGCAGCAGAUAGAGGCGGAGCGUCAGCGGGUGAACGCGAGCAUGCGCUCCAUGCAGCAGCAGCUGGAGGACUGCAGGGAGGAGGGUGGCCACUGGAGGGAGCAGUUCCAGUCUACCAGGGAGGAGCUGCGCACCACCAAGCAGGAGCUGCUGCAGGCCCGUCUGGAGAAGGAGGAGUUUGAGGAGGGGCUGAAGGAGCUGCAGGAGAGGCUGAACACCGUGAAGGAGCAGAUCCCUGACCCCAGCCACACCAGUGCCCUCACAGAGGACCUGCAGAACUGCCGUGCAGACCUCAAGCUGGCCCAGUCGCAGCUGGAUAAACUGAGGCUGGACUUCGAUAAGAGGGGCAUGGAGCUGAUAUCCGUGAAGAAAUCAAAUCAGGAGCGAGAGGAGGAGCUGAAGUACGAGAUCGGCAGGCUGAAGGACCAGUCACGGAAAGAUAAGGAGGAGCUCGCAAAGGCACUGGGGAAAGUAAAGCAGCUGCCGGACCCCUCCAAGGUACAGGAACUGCAGCAGGAGCUGCUGCAGGCCCGCGGGGAGGCGGAGCGUCUACGGGGCGGCCUGGCCGGCACGGAGCAGGAGCUGCAAACGUACAGGGAGCAGCUGGCCAGCGCGCAGUCCGAGCUGCAGGUGCACAGGGACUCGCAGAAGGACCUGGAGGAGGCCAACACGCGCAUUAGAGAGAAGAUAGCCCGUCUGGAGGCACACCUUCAGUCCAGCGCAUCCCAGAGCAUGGAGAUGGAGCAGGCGCUGGAGGAGCAGAACCGGAGCCUGCGGGUCCAGCUGGAGGAGUCCCGGCGCGCUGCGACCCGACUGGGACAGGAGCGUGAGGAGCUGAGCCGCCGUCUGGAGGAGAGGGAGCGAGAGAGAGAGGCGCUGCGCAGGAGCAUCACUGAGCUGGAGGACCAGAAGAGAGUGCUGGACCGCACCCUGGACAAAACCAACAAGGAGAUGGAGCAGCUGAGCGCGGAGUCCCGGCAGUCGGUGCAGGCCCUGCAGGCGCAGCUGGAGGAUCAUCGGGAGCGCAGUAAGAGGGAGCAGCAGGAGGCGCAGCGGCAGGGCAAGGAGAGGCUGGCUGAGCUGGAGCGCAUGCAGGCCAGCUGGAGGAGUCUGCAGGAGGAGGUGUCCCGUCUGAAGAAGGAGCUGCUGGCGUGCUGUGAGGAGAGAGAUAACGCCCAGCUGGACAAGGAGCUGCUGACCAACCGCCUCAAGCACGUGGAGGGCGAGCUGGAGGCUCAGAGAGGCUCCCACACGGACCGCAGCAGAGAGAUCAGGAGCCUGGAGGACAAAGUGAAGCACCUGGAGAUGGAGCUGGAUGAGGAGAGGAACAGCGUGGAGCUGCUGACUGACCGCAUCACACGCAGCCGAGACCAGAUUGACCAGCUGCGCUCAGAGCUGAUGCAGGAGAAGUCAUCCAAGCAGGACCUGGAGCUGGACAAGAAUGCCUUGGAGAGACAGAUGAAGGAGCUGAAGGCGCGCAUGGCGGAGAUGGAGGGCCACUCGCGCUCCUCGGCGGGAGUGUCGCAGCUGGAGGGCAAAGUGCUGGAGCUGGAGGAGCGGCUGCACAGCGAGGAGAGGGAGAAGAACAGUGUGGUGGCAACUCAGCGUCGCUUGGAGAGGAAACUGAAGGAGCUCAACAUUACACUGGAUGAGGAAAGACAACAGCACUCUGAACAGAGAGACCAGCUGACCCUGCGCGUGAAGGCGCUGAAGCGGCAGGUGGACGAGGGCGAGGGCGAGGUGGAGCGUCUGGAGGGCCUGCGCAGGAAGGCUCUGAGGGACAUGGAGGAGCAGCUGGAGCUGAAGGAGGCUCUGCAGGCCCGCGUCGCCGCCCUGGAGGCCGAGCUCAAACGGAAGGUCCAGCAGACUCGGCAUCCUGCCUUGGACUCCUCUGCUCUUAGCUCCGAGGAUGAGGAGGAUGAAGAGGGAUACUAUGACCCCUCCAGCAUCACUUCCAUCUUAACCGAAGGCAAUCUUCAGACCAGCUCCUGUUGAAGAGAGAGAGUGGUGUGGAGCAGACUGCGCUGAGAUGGGGAGAGUGGGAAUAACAAAUCUGUUAAACUGAGGGAGGGAGGGAACAAUGGGUAUAGUGUAGACUACACUGAAAGGGCAGGGGAAAUAAUAGGUGAAGAGUAGAUUACACUGAGAGGAUAAAUAUUAGGUACAGAGCAGACUACACAGCAGGAGGGAGUAACAGGUACAAAGUACACUACACUGUUGGGGGAGGUAACAGGUACAGAAUACACUAUAAUGAGGGAGGGAGGAAGUAACAGGUACAGAAUA